AUGGCGUUGACACUGCGGAACUGGAACUGGCUGCUGACUAUACUAGCUAUAAAAUCCCCUCCUUUCAGAAUCGAAGAGGAAGGAUGGGGUGAGUUCGAUAUGCAGAUUGUCUUGAGUGCGCCAGACAAGGACCAUUCCAUUACGCAUGACUUGAACUUCCAAUCGAGCAAGUACGAGUCAAAGCAUGUUAUUACGUUCAAAAACCCUAAGCCUCCGCUUCUAGCCCAGCUGCGUGAGUCCGGCCCUGUACCUGGCGAUGAGAAUGGAGUGAAGAAACGGGGCCAGGAGGAGUCCAAGAAGAAGAAACGCGUGGAUAAAAACGUCGAUAUGGAGAAGCUAGCAGAUGGCCUGCAGAAGCUGGGAGAAGAUGACCUGCUCCAAGUUGUCCAGAUGGUGCAUGACAACAAGUCCUCGGACUCGUAUACUAAAAACGAUAUUGAACGUAAGGACAUUUGA